AUGACCUCCGAGGGCGACCUGCGGCUGCAAAGAUUGAGCCACCCCCCGGUCGGGCACUUCGAGGGCAAGGGCGUGUGGGUGACGGGCGCCAGCCAGGGCCUGGGGGAGGCGCUGGCCAAGUACUUCGCGGCGCAGGGAGCCCGGCUGGUGAUUUCUGCGCGGCGGGAGGGCGAGCUGGAGAGAGUCAAGGCGUCCUGUGUGGGCAAGUGGGCGCCCCAGGACAUCACCGUACUGCCAUUCGACCUGACGUCAUCGCACGAAGUCCUGCGGUCGGCCGUGGAAACCGCGUGGGAGGCCCUGGGGGGGAUUGAUUACGUCAUCAACAAUGCCGGUGAGCACAUACAAAUGCGACCACGGACGGCUGCGAGUAAUACAACAUGA